AUGGCUUCUCUUGCCACUCCUACUUCCUUCACUGCCAUCCCGGCCACUACGCCGGCCACCACCACCAAAAGACUCCCAAAUUCGCCUUUCUUGUCCACCUCCCGCCAACGUUCCAAACAAUCUACCCACCGCAGCUUCAAAGUCUCGUGCAAUGCCACCGAUAACAAUGAGAAGCSACUCGAAUCCGAAAAACUUACACUGAAUCUGGACCGGAGGAACUUGCUUUUAGGGCUUGGUGCCGGUGGCCUUUACAGCACGGUCAACUUACCGGCGGCCUUUGCCGAUCCUAUCACCACGCCUGACAUCGCGACGUCGUGCAAGGACUCAACCGAUGGUUUCAAUCUCAACAAUCACAUAAGGACCAAUGCAUGUUGUCCUCCGACGUCACUAACCCCCGUACAAGAUUAUGUGAUCCCUACGGAUGAAGUGCUCCGCAUGAGACCAGCAGCACAUAGAGUCACUCCCGAGUACGUGGCUAAGUACCAGGCAGCAAUGGCGAUCAUGAGGGCUCUCCCAGASGAMGACCCACACAGCUUCGCCCAACAAGCUAAAAUUCAUUGCGCUUACUGCAAUGGUGGUUACCUUCAGGCUGGUUACACCGAUAAGGAACUGCAGAUUCACAACUGCUGGCUCUUCUUUCCUUUCCAUCGUUGGUACCUGUACUUCUUCGAGAGAAUACUCGGAAAAUUGAUUAACGAUCCAACCUUUGCCUUACCCUACUGGAACUGGGACAAUCCCAGCGGGAUGAGUAUGCCAGGAUUCUUUGAAGGGAAAUAUUUGCCCAACUCCAACUCAAGGCUACCAAACCCUGCCUUUGACGCCUUUCGGAACGUGGAUCAUCUCCCCCCAGCCAUCCUCAACAUGGAUUUCCAAAACUCUGCCAGUGCCGAUUAUACUUGCGUACAACAGAUAGGCGCAAAUCUGACUUUAAUGUAUAAGCAGAUGAUAACCAACUCCCCYAACGCAGACACCUUCUUUGGUGGGGUGUUCAGAGCUGGAGAUGACCCCAUUGAUAUACAGCAUUCUACAGGGCCAAUCGAGUCUGGUGUUCACACGGCGGUGCACAUAUGGGUGGGUGACYCAAGAAUGCCCAAUAACGAGGACAUGGGCAACUUCUACUCGGCAGGUUGGGAUCCUCUGUUCUACACCCACCAUGCCAAUGUGGACCGUAUGUGGGCAUUAUGGAAGGAUAUGCAGGGGCCCGAUUACCCCGACCACAYCGACCCUACAGACCCUGAUUGGCUAAACGCGUCAUACGUGUUUUAUGACGAGAACAAAGAGCUUGUACGUGUCUACAACAGAGACUGUGUAAACGUGGAGAAUCUAAGUUACGUAUAUGAACCGUCCCCACUCCCCUGGCUUAGAAGCCGACCAGUUCCACGUAACACGAACUCAAAUGUUGCAGCCAAGUCCUUUGGAACGGUGAAAAAAGUGGAGGAGACGAAGUUCCCUGUUAAACUAGACCAGACAGUGAAGGUCCUGGUGAAGAGGCCAGCUACAAACAGAAGCAAAGAGGAUAAGAAGAAAAGCUAUGAGCUAUUGUAUGUCAAUGAUAUCAAGCUCGACGGCGAGAAAUUUAUCAAGUUUGAUGUGUUUGUAAAUGACCUAGACGACGGUACCCCAAGCACUCCGACAGACAGUGAAUUUGCAGGUAGUUUCUCGCAGUUGGCACAUUUGCAUGGGCAUGAAAUGGUGAUGAGGAGUGGGGCAUCGUUCGGGUUGAAUGAGCUGUUGGAGGACAUACAAGCCGAGAACGAUGAGUAUAUUUUGGUGACAUUGGUUCCCGGGGAAGGGUGCGAGGAUGUGACCGUUGGUGAGAUUAAGGUUGAGUUGGUUUCGUCUGCUAGUUGAGGAUGAUUGAUGAGCAUGGAUGCAAUGCUGGCUGAUCCUUAUUUCAUUUGUCUGUCUGUUUGCUUUGAAUAAUCGUAGACCAUGUACUGCAUUACAUGGUUGCGACUUCUUAUUUAGUGGUAGCAAGUUCAUCAAGUAAUCAAUGUA